AUGAUUAAUGAUAAGUUGAUGUUGAAGGAUGAUAAGACUGAGUUUCUGGUGAUCGGCACGAGCAAGCAGCUAAAGUGUCUGUAAGAUCCAAGUGUAACAUUUUUCCUAUUAUUCGUUCUUGCGUAAUUUGUUUUUCCUUUGCGUACGCAAAUUAGUUUAUACUUCUUUUCGUCCUUUUGUUUAGUCUUUUUUUGCGUUAAUUUAGGUGCUUAUUCCUUUCUGUCAGUUUUCGCGCCCUCGUUAGCGUUUCUUUGCUGUUUCAUCUUCAUUAGCGCCUUUCUAAGUUUCUAUAGUUUUAUUUUCCGCAUGUUCUAGCGUAUUUUUCAUAUCGUAGUUUUGCAGUACAGUUUGUGCAGUUCAUUUUGGUCGGCGCUUAGCGCAGUUCUGUUUAGUUUCUUGCAAGUCUCUUUGCGUUAUUCGCAGUCCGCUUCACAGCAGUUUUCUCUGGCCGAAACAAUUUUCAAUCCACGCUGUUUGUAUGCACACUCUUUGUACCACGCAUUUUAUUUCAAGUACCAAGCACGUCGGCUACAAUAAAUCUUCAUUCGAAUUUGGUUUGUGGUGUUGUUAUUAAAGGCCAAGAGACUUUUACGCUUAUUGCAGUUUUAGUGUCUGUUAGCAGAAUUUGGGUUGGAAACGUUGAUGUAAUUCCCGUAUACUCGGCAAAAAAUCUGGGCUCCUGGUUCGACUCGCACAUGGAUAUAGCAACGCAUAUAGCGAAGACCUGGGGUAGUGCAUUAUUU